CCCCCCACGUGGUCCCCGCGUCGACACCGGCUGGGCCCCGCUUUGCCGCGGUCCCUUAGUGCCGAAUCGGCCGCUGCGAACUCCACGGCGCUCUGCGCGAUCCCUGAGAGUUGUACGUGGCCAGCACCCGCUGGAGAUGUCCCUGAGCGCCGUGCAAGACGUGGAGGUGGCGCACGACGCCACCUACAAGUACGUCCUGGUGCGUGUCCACGCGCAGGGUGGGGCGGCGCACAAGGACGUGGUGCGAGGGUUCCCCUCGGCAGAGUUCCACGCGGACGUUUAUGACAAACUGAGCGCCGAGGUGGAGAGCCUGGGCCUGGACUGCGAGUGCCUGGGUGGCGGCCGUAUCCAGCACGACUCCGCCACCAAGACCAUCAAGGUGUACGGCCACUCUGUGGGAUUUGGGAAAGCUGACCAUUCAGUGACGACGGAGAAGCUGAAGGCCAAGUAUCCGGAUUACACCAUCACUCAUUCCGAUGAGGGCUAUUAACAUGGAAUCCCCGGCGAUAGCGGUAAACUUGAAAAGGCAUUGCGCUUAAGCAUCCGCUGCCCCGUACUCAACCGCUCCCGAAACGGCAACUCUUUCUCGUUCCACUUCGACGUUUUGCAUUAUCGAUGCACUUCUCCCCGUUUGGUGUCGCGUCGGCACGUGUGUGUGUUUACGAAGCGCUGGUUAGUCACGUUGAACAGGCGUACUUAGGUGGCUUAAGACCACGACAGAGAAUUGUCCACUUCGCCUCUACCAACCCGCAUUGAUGCACACUCACCACUAGUUAACUCACCACUCCAAACCUGUCGACCCCUUACCAGUGCUCUGCCGUGUUACAGACCAAUUCAGACCUUAUUGGUCACCCCGUGCCUGCAUAAAUCUCAACGUUCAUCCUGCAAAGUCCCAUCGCAAGGGAGAAACACGAACAAAUACACAACAUUUUUGUUUGCCCGUAUUGAAACGGCUGUCCGCCAUAUGGACCUGAAAGCUCAAUUUCCCUGUACAAGAGUACGGGGUAAACCGUUGACAGGUAUGUUGAUGUCCACCUUUCGCAGUUGGAAAUAAAGGCAGUCUACGACAACGUGAUGAGCAUCUCCCCGAGUUGGUUUUCCGAUGAAAAAUAAAUGAAAAACGAAACAAAA